CGAUUUCUUCAUCCAAAAAACAAAACCCAGAAAAAUCGAUGAGUGACUCAUCAUCAGUCAUUGUCCGAAGCUCAAAUUUCAUUGUCGUGAUUCUCUUCCUCAACCUCGUCACUUUCUUCUCCCUUGUCUCCUCCAAUGAACUUGUCUUUGCUGUGGGUGAAACUGGUUCACUACAAGUGACUCCAAGAACAGAGGUGAUAUAUUCACCUGGUCUGAAACGAGGUAUAACAUCGAUAUGUGAGAGAUUACAUAUCCAUGGAUUACAAAGAAGACUUGAGCACAUUGAUAGAUAUGCACAUUCACUAAAGUUGACUCUUUUGAGUAAUAAUGCUUCCAACAGUAUCGACGUUUGCUUCCACAGGAAUUCGUCGCGUGCAAUUGGAAUGUGUCCUGAUAAUCAGUGGAAGAGAGUGUCCAAAGGGUUACCUUGGGUUGGGAUAAUGUCACCUUUUGACUAUAAGAUUCUUGAUAUAAGAACAUUUGGUGGCUCAUCUAAUGUCAGCACCGUGGAGUUGGUUGCUAAACAAGAGUUUUUCAUAUACCGGAUUGUGUUUUUAAUCAUGGGGAUAGUGUUACUGAGUUUGGCUUCUAGACUUAGCAAAUCAGUUGCGUUUUACUAUAUCGGUGCAAUGUCUAUUGGGAUUGUCAUUCUUGUAACUCUUAUCAUUAAUCAGGGGAUAAAGCGUCUACCAACUAGAGGGAAGAGUCGUUUUCAGUUAUUUUUCUACUCGUCUAUGAUUGGUGUGGGAGGUUACUUUCUUCAAUACAUACGCGGUUUAGUUCAAGAUUUGCUAAUGCAGAUAGAAAUCAGUGAAGAUUUGUACAUCCCUCUGGCGAUUCUUUUGGUUGUGUUUGUAUUUAUGUUGGGAGCGUGGUCAGGAUUUUGGACUGUCAAGAAAUUUGUUGUGACAAAAGAUGGUUCUGUUGACAUUAGUACAUCAAUCUUUGUCUCUUGGUCCAUCCGAGCUUUUGCUGUGGCUCUGAUCCUUCAGAGCUCUUUAGAUCCAUUACUUGCUGGAGGAGCGUUGAUAACUGGAAUUCUCAUCUCAUUGAUUCUAAAGAGUAUUAGCAGAAAGCUGUUAGCUCAAAGAAUAUAUGAGCAAGAUGAUGAAACUGAGAGUUGUAGCCCCGGCUUGAUCCAUGCUACCUCGUUUGCUUCUCCUCUUCCUAGAGGUUCCAACAAGAAGUUGAGGACAGUACCAUUAUCUGAGUCAGAUAUCUUUCCUUCUUCAUUCCACAAAACACCAGAAGGGAGAAGGAAGCUAACGAAGGAAGAGUUGCAAAAAUUCACUAAAGAGAGCACGGAAAAUGCAUUGAAGGAAUUGGUUUCUUCACCUGGUUUUGGCGAAUGGGCGGUGAAAAAUGCUAAAAGAAUCACUGUAAAUCCGAUAAAGGAAUCGUCAAGUAAAUAGGGUGAUACUGUUAAGCGCAGAAGAAGGUUCCUCUGGUUCUGAAAAGCAAGCAGCUAGGGGAACUUCUGAACCAGUCGGAGAGUGUAGUAGGUUGCUUGUGAACAAAGCAACAAGCCUUGCUUAUAUAUAGUCUUCUGGAAAAGAACUAAUGAGCAAGGCGAAAAAGUUGAGAGAUUAACUUCUAAAUCAACAAAAUGUAACCUUUGACAUAAAUUGAUAUUGACCAAUAAGAUCAUACGUUUCCAUGUGUGUAGUCAUCAAUGAUGUGAAACUCAAUACUAUAGUGUAUUUUAUUUGAAUGGACGAUGAUAGUUGGUAUAAUAAAGGAGGAAAUAAAUAAAGUCAUCUUUUUGUUA